AUGGCCUCCUUCGCCUCUAAUCCGCCGCAGAGGCCGCUCGUCCCCCUCGACCCAGGCGGGAGGCCUCCUUCCAUCUGCUUCGCGCCCCCGGCCUUGGCGACGCCGGAAGGCUGGGCGCGUGCGCAGAGAAGCCGGGAGAGGAAACUGGGCCUGGUGCGAGGAAGAGGCUGGUAAGUUGGCAACCCCCGAAAAGAAGAGCUUCCCAGCCCUAGGGCCUGGUGCGCAUGCGCCAGGUGGAGUGCGAGGAAGAGGCUGGUAAGUUGGCAACCCCCGAAAAGAAGAGCUUCCCAGCCCUAGGGCCUUGUGCGCAUGCGCCAGGCGGAGUGCCAGGAAGAGGCUGGUAAGUUGGCAACCCCCGAAAAGAAGAGCUUCUCAGCCCUAGGACCUUGUGCGCAUGCGCCAGGCGGAGUGCGAGGAAGAGGCUGGUAAGUUGGCAACCCCCGAAAAGAAGAGCUUCCCAGCCCUAGGGCCUGGUGCGCAUGCGCCAGGCGGAGUGCGAGGAAGAGGCUGGUAAGUUGGCAACCCCCGAAAAGAAGAGCUUCCCAGCCCUAGGGCCUGGUGCGCAUGUGCCAGGCGGAGUGCGAGGAAGAGGCUGGUAAGUUGGCAACCCCCGAAAAGAAGAGCUUCCCAGCCCUAGGCUUUUUCUGGCUGUCGCAGGUAUUGCUUUCGUAUGUUAAAUAUUUUUACUUUCUCAAAUUGAUUUUGGAAGCCGUGUUUUAGAAUUGCCCGGAUGGCAUUGCUCAAGGGUGGUGCAUGAUUUAUUUGGAUUAAACUGAUGAAACCUUGUAGAGGGGGACCGUUCCGGAGCCCCGUUCGCAUCCAGAAGCCAACGCAACCCGGGUCUGUGCGUCUGCGUGUGUCGGGAUUCGGCGCUUCAUUUUGAGCGUCUGCGCAUGUGCAAUUGACGUGCUCCGUUACUUCUGGGUCACCGCGGAGAGCAACCCGAAAAUAUUCAUCCCAAAUGACUGUAAUAAUAAUAAUAAUAAUAAUAAUAAUAAAUUUAAUUUAUAUCCCGCCCUCCCCAGCCAAAGUCAGGCUCAGGGCGGCUAACAACAAUCAAAUAAUCCAACAUUCUAAAACAUUUCAUUAUAAAAAUUAAUUAAAAUCAAAUUAAUGGCAACCGUUAAGCAAAGUUCUGUGCAGGUUGCCAGAGGAGGGAGUCAGGCUGUGCCCUGGCCAAAGGCCUGGUGGAACAACUCUGUCUUGCAGGCCUUGCGGAAAGAUGUCAGGUCCCGCAGGGCCCUAGUCUCUUGUGACAGAGCGUUCCACCAGAUCGGGGCCACAGCCAAAAAAGCCCUGGCUCUAGUUGAGGCCAGCCUAACCUCUCUGAGGCCUGGGACCUUCAGGAUGUUUUUAUUUGCAGACCGUAGGUUCCUCUGUGGGGCAUACCAGGAGAGGCGGUCCCGUAGGUACGAGGGUCCUAGGCCGUAUAGGGCUUUAAAGGUUAAAACCAGCACCUUAAACCUGAUCCUGUACUCCACCGGGAGCCAGUGCAGCUGGUAUAGCACCGGAUGAAUGUGAUCUCGCAGCGAAGACCCCGUAAGGAGUCUCGCCGCGGCAUUCUGCACCCGCUGGAGUUUCUGGGUCAGUCUCAAGGGCAGCCCCACGUAGAGCGAGUUACAAUAAUCCAGUCUGGAGGUGACCAUCGCGUGGAUCACAGUGGCUAGGUCAGGGCUAGAGAGAUAAGGGGCCAACUGCUUAGCUUGGCGGAGAUGGAAAAAUGCCGCCUUUGUUAUAGCUGUAAUCUGCGCCUCCAUAGACAGGGAGGUAUCGAAGAUUACACCCAAACUCUUAACGGACGGUGCUGGCAAGAGAUGGGAGUUGCCCCCCCAAUCCCAUAUCGUCCCGUCCCAGCCAGAGGACCUCUGUCUUCAAAGGAUUUAACUUCAACCGGCUUCCACGUAACCAUCCAGCCACAGCUUCCAAACAUCUGGUCAGUGUGUCUGGGGCCGAGUCAGGAUGGCCAUCCAUCAACAGAUAGAGUUGGGUGUCAUCGGCAUACUGAUGGCAACCCAGCCCAAAACUCCGGACAAGCUGGGCGAGGGCGCAUAAAGAUGUUAAAAAGCAUCGGGGAGAGUAUCGCACCCUGAGGCACUCCACACACCAAGGAGUGGCGCGAUGACAAUUCCCCCCCAAGCGCCACCCUCUGUCUCCGACCAGAGAGAAACGAGCGCAGCCAUUGAAGGACUGUGCCCUAGAUCCCCAUGUCGGCAAGGCGGUGGUCCAGGAGUUCGUGAUCGACCAUGUUGAAGGCUGCUGACAGGUCUAGAAGAAUCAGCAGCCCCGACCCGCCUCGAUCCAGCUGCCUGCGGAGAUCAUCUGUUAGGGCGACCAGAGCCGUCUCGGUCCCAUGACCAGCGCGGAAGCCGGACUGGAAUGGAUCCAGAGCCGAUGUUUCAUCCAGAAACCUACCAAGCUGUUCAGCAACCGCUCUCUCAGUCACCUUACCCAGGAAUGGAAGAUUCGAAACCGGGCGGUAAUUGGAUAGAUCUAAGGGAUCUAAUGAUGUUUUCUUUAAGAGCAGGCGCACCACUGCCUCCUUCAAUUCCCCUGGAAAUAUCCCGGUGCCAAGGGACAAAUGUACUGGGAGGAGGCAGGCAGGGAGGGCUUUUUCCUUUUUGAGGGGAGAUGAUGGAAUAUACUUGGUGUUGCUCUAGUCAUGUCUGUAGGUGCCAGUCACCUGUGGCUUUUUAGGGGAGCGACAGUCUCAGGGGGGGGGAGACAUGUCGUGCUCCUUCUGGGGUCGUGUGUCCACCUUUGGUCCCCACCCUGCACUCUGCUCUUAUCUGUGGCUCCUGGAAGCAUUCAGCAGGCGACAGUGGCCACAAUCCUGGGACCGGCUUCGACUGUCCGGCUAAAGCAGGUGAGGGGAGCCGAUGGGUCUCAAACCCUUGUAGAGGAGGCAGGACCCUCAGUCUCGGCAACUGACCUAUGGAAUAAGCUGCUGUGCUCCUUAGGCCUCACACUCCGCCAAGUCUGUGCUGAUUGUGUUCAUGGUAAUAAAGGGUUCACUCAGACUUGCAUGGUGGGAUUUAUUGCCAGCUGGCUCCUGACAGGUAUGAGGGAGAAUACUCUGCAGGCUUAAUGACUUGGACCAAUAAUUCCAAUGAAAAACAAAUUCCUGGGAUCCCAAGAUAUCAGCAAACAGAGAAGAAUAUCUGUUGCCUCCCUGCACGACUCUGCUCUGGCUUCAAGUGGCCUCUGAAUGAAAAGCAACACUUGCUGGAUUCUUCUAGUGCAGGGAUGUGGACCAUCUGUUCCCCUCCAGAUGUGCUUGGGCUCCAGCUCCCACCAGCUCUCAACAACAUAUACCAGUUUCCCAGACUUGGGUUUCCAGCUGUUGUUGGACUACAACUCCCAUCAUCCCUAGCUACCAGGACCAGUGGUCAAGGAUGAGGGGAAUUGUAGUCCCCAAACUGCUGGAGACCCAAGCCUGGGAAACCCUGGCAUAUACAAUGCUCAAAGGUGAUGGGAGUUUGUCAAUUCAUGGAGACGCACAGAUUGCCAACAGGUUUCGUUCAGUGAGCAACAACUGCUAUUUUUUAAGAACCUAAGAAAAGAGGUUUAAAGACUGCAUAGGGUAAAAUAUGUGGGAUGUAAUCCUUUUGGCAGUCAAAUACAACAUUCCUUGUUUGCCUAGAGUGGACACAGACAGGAGGAUAUUGAUCCAGCCAAUUGAACUUCCUGUUACACCUGUGUGGAGCAUCCUCCCUCUGCAUGUGACCCUAGCAGACCUAACGAAAGGUCCAGUCACUCAGCCAUCUCUCUCUCUGAAAACGUUAGCAGGAUUCAUAGAACACCUGUAGAGUAUGAAUUUGAGGGGGCCACACCUCAAUCCAGGAGACUCCUGGCACCCCAUCAGAGCCCCACAUGCCUUGGCCUCCGUUCCCUUGUCUCCUGGGUCUGGGAGAUCUUUAGGAAAGCGCUGCCACCAGUGCCACUGGCGUAAUCCAGCUGGGACGGUCGCAUUCCCCCACAGCCAAUGUGAUUCAGUUAUGUCCCGCUUCCAGGAGGAGCUGGGAGACCUGUUUCAGAACCAGAUGGUUUAUGUUCCAACCUCCCCUUUCCUCUUUAUAUCAAAAAAGAAGAUAUAAGCAGCAGCAUCAACACCACCCAGGGAUCUCCAGAAAGAGGAUGUGAUGCACGAUCAGUCACACAUUCGUUUUUGUCUAGAACUUACCAUGUUGGUAAAAAAACACCUUUUAAAAAACAGAGAAAGUGCUGCUUCCUUCCAAAACGGUGCCUGGAAUGAGAGGCCUGUUAGGCCAGGUGUGAUUUCCCUGAACAUCAGUGGGAAUGUGCCCAGUUGAGGAUCCCACACUUUAAAGGAGGGUAGGGACAAACUGGAACGGGUGGGGAACAGUCCGAUGAAGAAAGGUUGGAAGGGAGUGGACAUGUUUAGCCUGGCCGGGGUAAAAGAUGCCCCAUUUGUGGGCAGAAGUCCUCUGCCCACGCAACCCUGCAUCUACAAGAUUAACACAAGGCUGCCAGGGUGCCCGGUUGGUGGUAACCCAAGACAAGGCAGUGGCUUCCCGUUUGUGAGAUGCCCUCACUCGUGAGGUGCAUCCGUCUCCCUCGCUAUUAGCUUCUAUGAGAAAUUUAAAGGUAUCCCUGUUUAAACAAGGUAUUUGGGAGUUGAAAGCCCUGUCCCUGGCAAUUCUGAAGUUGUUUGGAGAGCCGCUGAUUGCUUUUAGGAUUUGUUACCUGUUUUUAGAAUAAUUUUAAUUUGGUGGCUUUUAUGUUUUGUUAUUGAAGUUUCAAUGGAUAUCGGCAACUCCAAGGAUGUGUGCAGGAGGAGCCCAAAUGGGAAGAAACCCCUUGA